AUGGAAAUCAUACAGAACCUUUUUAGUUUCCGGGAUUCUGAUCUUACCGACUACGACAUUAGCGAUUUCCACGGAAACGAGCUCGGUUUUGACCAUGGUUCUGCUCUUGCCGCAGAUGUUCAUUACGUUGUUCCUAAACGCGACAGUGCUCCACCGAACGGCGACGGCGUUGUUCCAGCUCGGAUUAGUGCAGCUAACCGUAACACUACUGGAGACAGCGACGAUUAUGUCAAAGUUCAAGAGGAUCCGAUCUACGACACACCUUACGUCGAUAAAGCGAUGAGUCCUGAAGAGGCCAAGCAACUUCAAAUGUCGGAUAUUGAAAAGUUCAACUACACGAUCGAUAUAUUUAUCCUUCAUAUGACGGAAAUGCUUGGUUUGCUUGGCUUGGCUAAUGUUCGGUGUUAUAAGGAUGAUGUCAUCAGCAAAGCGAAGAUGAUGUAA